AUGACGAGGUUGCUGGACGACGAGGACUAUUUUGGCUUCUCCUUCCGUCUGCCUUCUCCAGCAAGUCUUCAGUCGGACACUCAACCGGAAACCCCUACAACGCUGUGUACCCCACAACGGGUGCAUCGCGUCACUGCAGAUGAACCGGGACCCGACCGGAAAAGGAAAUUGUGGAUGACACCUGAUUAUGGUAUUGGAAUGUCCUCCAGAACGGUACACGUCUUAUCGCAUGCUCUGAUGCCGGAGAAGAUCCUCAAUAGAGUUCCGCCCGCAUACAUAGGUGGGCCCGAGUUGUCGACGGAAAAUCGCGAAUUGCUUCAACACUACCGAACCCAUGUUUGCGAGAUGAUGAUGCCAACCUCGGCCCCGACAAUGAAUACCUACCUUCGACUCUAUCUCCCGCUUGCAGUCCAAGCUCGAAACUCACCUGCUAAGCAAGCCUUGUCGCACGCAAUUUUGGCAGUUGCUGCUCUCAACAAAGCGCAACUUACACCAAGCCACCGUCAACUGUACCGAGAUCAAGUAAGGGAGCAUCAUGAACAGGCCACUUCUAUGAUCAAGAAGAUAAUCUCAGCCAAGCAAACUACGUGUCAGUCGACAGAAGAGCCAGAUGAGAGUAAGCACGCGCUGCUUACGGCCGCAAUCACAUUAACCACGAUCGAGGUAAGCUUAUAUCGUGAAUAG